ACUUUGUAGACUACAGGGUAGUCCUUAUUCAGUUACACUUCGGCACUAAGAAAGGUGUAGGUGCCAAGACUAAAACGCACUUAAGUGUAGAUUCUGAACCCUAUGAAUGCCUCGAUUGUCGUUUGAAGAGGGGGCUGACCGUGAGAUUAAAAAAUAGAUUCAUUGUGUAUUUACGCGUUGGGCUGGAUAUCGUCAUUUGGUUAUAAAGGGGAUCCCUGUCUGAUUCAGUAAUAUGUCUUGGUCUAUCAAAACCUUACAAUUUGGCCGGUUCAUGUAUCUCAGUAAGGUUGCAUAUAAUGCAACAUCGUAUCACUUAGAUAAAAAAAAAAACACUAAAUCUUCCAACCAUCGAACCUCCCUCCUCUAUCUGACGUCACGCUAAUGGUUAUUUGCAUGAACUGUUUUCCACAGCCUUGCCUAUUCCACAGUCCACACUGUGUCUCGCGGAGAGGAGGUAGUGCUACGCGAUCCAAGGAGGGGGACCAAGAGGAGUCACACCAAAAGCGUACACAUGUUUUGUUUCAAGGAGGAGGGAAAUAGCGAUCGAGUCGUUUGAGCAGCCGUUCCAGCCUUCCUUCACCAAGCAUUGCAAGCGUAUCGAAAAUGGAGUUACCCGCCGCGGGAGAACACGUCUUUGCGGUGGAGAGCAUCGAGAAGAGAAGGAUCAGAAAGGGUCGUUUCGAGUACCUGGUCAAGUGGAGAGGUUGGUCUCCGAAAUAUAACACGUGGGAGCCAGAGGAAAACAUUCUCGACCCGCGACUUCUUGUCGCUUUCCAAGACAGGGAGCGACAAGAACAGCUGACAGGAUACCGCAAGAGAGGCCCAAAACCGAAGCACUUAUUGGUUCAGCUUCCCUCUUUUGCUCGGAGAUCAAGUGUCCUCUCAGGCCUUCAGGAGACAUCUAUGGACGAUGUCAAGCUGCACAAGGUGGAGCCGGUGCAGACGCAGCAGUACCAGCUCAACAGCAAGAAGCACCAUCAGUACCAGCCGCACAGUAAGGAGAGCCACCAGGCGGAGCAGCAGGUCAACAGCAAAAAGAAGUUCUACUACCAGCUCAACAGCAAGAAGCACCACCACUACCAGCCUGAUCCCAAAAUGUAUGACUCUCAGUUCCAAAAGGCCAAAGUGCCAGAAACAUCCCCACCCAGCACUGGCUGGAGUCUGCCCGCACCCCUGAAGCAGAAAUGGGUCCAGGACAAAGACUCUGGGUGUCUAAGUAAAGUGAAGGACAUAACCAUGGAGCUCAAAAAGCUCCCAGCAAGCCUGGACAGCGGCAGGGUGACUGAGGUGAACUCGUGCACCAAGGAGGACCCGCCGCCCAGUGGAAUUAGCGGCAAGCUGAAGAUUGUCAAGAACAAAAACAAAAACGGACGCAUUGUCAUUGUCAUGAGCAAGUACAUGGAGAACGGCACCCAAGCGGCCCGCAUUAAGAGCGGGGAAGGAGACGCCGACAAAUUGUCUCCGGACCACAGGGUGGAGAACUCGACAGAAAAGAAAAAGGCCGUGCAGAGGCAAGGGUCAGACCAUACUCACAGAAAGGACAGUAAGGACAAGGGCCACGAGAGCCACGCAUCGGGGACAAUCAAUGGCCAGUCCACACAGAAAGACUCUUUAGCAGACAAGUCAGCGGCAGUGGAGACAAACGAAUCACAAAGGGUGAAGGGCGGACAGGAUCUCUCUGAAGAUCAGCCUCUACAGUUGACCACUAAGCCCAGGUCAAGCCCUUGGCUGCUCCAGAAUAAGGUUGCAUCCUGCCUGGAUGGAGCUUAUACAGAGCCCCCCCAAAAGCCCUCCUUGUCCAACAAGCGCCGCCACUCUGAGCACAAUGAGGACCAGGGUGGGGGGAAAAGGUUCCUGAGCUCCAGGAGCAUCAGCGCUCCGAGUACUGUGACCUCUCCCGCCCAGAACCAUUCCAUGGAUCUAACUGGCCCCCAGUAUCCCAGCAACGGGCAUGACUUUAACUUCCUGGGCGCUAACCCAGAGGAGCCCAUAGAUUUGAGCUGCGUGCGAUCCAGAGAGGAGAGAAAUGAGGUUGCAAAGAUCCAGACCACCACUCCAGAGGAACUGGAGCCUAUGUCAACAGCAGCAGGAUUACUUCCUACAUCAGCACCAUCAUCAGGACCUACGUCAGGAGCUACGUCAGCACCAUCAUCAGGACCUACGUCAGGAGCUACGUCAGCACCAUCAUCAGGACCUACGUCAGGACCUACGUCAGCACCAGCAUCAGUACCAGCAUCAGGACCAGCACAGGAGGAUCCUGCUCCUGCUUUUAGGCCUUUCCUUGGAAACAUUAUCAUCACUGAUGUCACGGCCAACUGUCUCACUGUGACUUUUAAGGAAUACGUUACAAUUUGAGGCAUGAAUUUCAGGACUAGAAGACUACUGACUGAUUUUAUAAAUAUGUAUAAAUGUAUAUCGGCCUUGAAUUCCUGAGAAGAAUUAUUGAGAUAUUUUCAGAAGCUUUUGGUUAUAAUGUUAAAAAAAAAUCUUGUUAGUAUUCAUACUUUGGGGUUUAUAUUGAUUAGUUUUUUAAUUCACCCUGCCUGUAAUCACAAUGUAGACGACUGAAAAAGUUGUUUUCUUACCCGGUCAUCUCCCGUCUCCUUAUUAGUUAGGCUGCUGGAGGUGCAAUCUAAACGUUAAGCACUUACUCAUGUAAAGAGUUGUGUAAUAUUUGUAUCUUAACUCCGUUUUGUGUUACAUCUUUACUAUAUUUAUAUCAGAUGUCAUCAGAAAGGAGCAAGGUGUGGAUUGCUUCAUUCACUCUGUCUUUCUGUAUGAGAGAGAGAGAGAGAGAGAGAGAUAAUGGGGUUGUUUGUGUGUGUGUCUGUGUGUGUGUUGUGAGCAUGCUUGUGUGUGGACACUUGCAUAUGUGUGUAUGUAGUUGAGCAGGGAAAAGCAGUGAAGAUGCAGAGUAGCGAUGCGAAACCUGAAAGCUUUGUGUUGCAGGGACAGAUCAAGCAGUAAGAGAGAGGGACCAUGGAAUUAAAGCUUCUUGUCAGAUGCACAAGUUAAUGUGAAGGAUCUUGGUAUCAAAAUGCACUUUGCACUGUUCUUCUAAGGUUAGAGAGUGGAUGAUUAAAGUGGUUAUCAAGCAGUGAAGUAAAGUUAUAUGUUGACAUGUUAAAUGUUUGUCAAAGUUCAAACAGCCCACUUACAGAUGAAAAUGCUGUUUUAGAUGCAGAAGUGACCAGAGGUUAGAUGCUUCCAUUGACCCCCAGAGAGCAUUGUAAUAUUACCAUGUCAUUUUUUGUAUUUAUUUUUCUUUCUACAGUAUAAAAAUCUUGAAAGCUUCUAAUUUAAAAGAGUUUUUGUUCAUUGCUAUCAUAGUCCAACUAUAACUUCAGUUUGCUUAAGUUGUAGAUGUGAAUUUUUUAAAGCAGCGUUACUCCCUUUAUAUAACAUGUCUGCUUUAGUUACAAGUACGUUUAAAGAUGCAGUACGCGAUUCUGGCGAAAGGUUGUUGAUAUUUCUGUUCAGUUCAAUGAGGUUGCACUCUCCUUUCCGUGCUCCUGAAGCAACGUGUCGAUUGGCUGGAAUUGUUUAAAGCUCGGUCCGAGCCACGAUCUUUGUUUCCCAUUUACAGUACCAGGACUGUGUACGAACACCGGAGUUUUUGUUGUUGUUGUUGAGCGCACGCACUCAGCGGAGAGCCGAUGAGGACCAUGUGGAGCAACUUGUUGAAUUUGAUGAAAAGUCUAUUGGAUUAGAAUCGCGGACUGACCUUUAACUCAAGUAGUAACAGUGCCUUAAUUUGACUUUCAAAGGUAAACAUAACGCAUAAACAUAAGCUGUGCAUUCUGUUGCUUGAAGUGUGUUGUAUAAGGUCCUUUUACAGGGUCUGCAAUGUUAAAAACGUGUUAUGUUCUCCGCUUCGCCCCAAGAUCAACAAAUUCCCAUGUUGAUGCUCUGUUUGAUAUGGUAUCUCCGCGUGGAACUUGGAUCAUCAAAGGCAACGUUUCGGCGUUUGUUUUCCUUGCCGGAGCGUGUCUACGCAACCAAAUUUUUUCAGGUCUUUUGGCUCUGGCAGUUGUCAGCACCUGGUAAAUAAGAGGAAUUGUAACUGAUUCUGGUUUGGAGGGGGUGAAUACUUUUUGUUCUGUUGAACAAAUAAUAGUAGGCCUAGGCUAAAAUCCCCAUCUGUAACAUAAUUUGCAAUAAAAACUACGACAAUA